UGUGGUAGAAGCCUGGUGAGUAAUGGGAAUGUGGUGUGAAAUGAAAUAGGAAAUGCAGAUAAGGACCCCCAGAUGAAGAGUCUUGUAGGCCAUAGCUGAGAAUUUCCUUAAAUACUCUAAACAGCCAUGGAAGGCUUAAAAGUAGAGAGUAAGAUCUGAUUUAUCAUUUAUUGUAAGAUCAUUUUAAAAGUUCAUUCUAGGUGUUGCAUGGAUAAUAAACUGUAUGGAGCCUUGAGUGUCAGUGAAAACCCAGCCAGAAGGCAACAGGAUCACGUAGGAAUGAGGUGGAAAGAGACUGUGGCUGAUGCAAGACUCAAGCAAAAAAGCUCAGGAAAAGCAAGGAAAGGGGGACCAUCUCCUGACCUGUCAUCUUUAAUUCAAGAAGGAUGCAUGCUCCAAGAGAUGUUUCUGCUGCUAGAUUCGACUGCAGGCUAACGGGGAGAGCCCAUGUGAAGUGGAGACCCAUAACCAGACCCUGAGUAGAAUGGUGGUCUUGACUGUCCUACAUACAGGCUGGCUCCGGACCCACCUGUUCAGGCUCAGGCCUGGGGGGAAGAAGGAAAAAAUCACAGCAUUCAACAAGGCUCAGCUGUAAUCUGGGGUCGAUGCCCUCUGCUUGUGAAUGAAGUCUAAUGGUGAGCCAUGCUGCUUGAGGCAGAGGAAAAAGUCCUGACCUGAGUCACAAGUACUGGGAUGGAAUCCAGCUCUGCAUUCUGACACUGAGCAAGAUAAUCCUGAGCCUUCAUCACUGUAAAACAAUGGUUUUCAAAUUUCACCUCCUUCAUAUGAGAAAAUGGGACUCGAUUUGUGGCUGGUGGAGCUGUCUCAAAUGAAGAGAACCGUGAGCAGCGAGUAUUUGUUACCUUAUUACACGGCCCACAGCUACCGUUCAAUGGGCGUGUUCAAUACCUCCAUGGGGGAACUGCAACGACAACUGUACAAGGGAGGAGAGUAUGACAUUUUCAAAUACGCACCUAUGUUUGAAAGCGACUUUAUUCAGAUCAGCAAAAAAGGAGAGGUGAUUGAUGUACACAACCGUGUCCGAAUGGUGACUGUGGGCAUUGCAUCCACCAGCCCCAUCCUCCCUUUACCUGAUGUCAUGCUACUGGCUCGACCAACAAAAGUCUGUGAGGAGCAUGCCAGACACGCCCGGACCACCAAGGGGAGAGGUCGCAAGCCCAUGAAGACCCUAGAGCUCACCAGGCUACUUCCUUUAAAGUUUGUCAAGAUCUCCAUUCAUGAUCGUGAGAAACAGCAGCUGCGCCUAAAGCUGGCCACUGGCCGCACUUUCUAUCUGCAGCUGUGUCCCUCUUCAGAUGCACGAGAAGACCUAUUUUGCUACUGGGAAAAACUUGUCUAUCUCCUGAGACCACCAGUGGAUAGCUGCAGCAGUACCCCGACACUGCGAACUGGGGAUGAAGCCACCUUAGAGGAUGACAAAAGCCUAGUGACCCCAGAGCUCCAUGGAGAAGGGGAUCAGGAUGAGUUUAGGCUUCACAAGCCUCAUGAGGUGUCUAGAGCCACCUCUUCUGGUUACGCUGGGGGAGAGGGAAUCCAUCAUGCCCACCACAGAAUGCCUGGUUCACCUGCGGUCCUGAAGACUUCAGGGACUACUGAAGGAGCAGCAUCCAGGUCAGCCACAGGCAUGGCAGUAGCAGGGACAGCAACGAGUGCUACAACAGGCUUAGCAGUGGCAGGGGCAGGAACGAGGCCUUCCUCCGGUGCUCAGAGCAUAUCGGCAACCAAGGCUAUAGGUCCAGGCCGGGUAAACACAGUGGCCCUGGCUGGAGCCGCCGCCAAAUGUCCGGGAGAAAGUGGAUCCAACAAGGCCAUUGCAGGUGUUGUCAAUAUAUCCUCAGAGGGUACGAACGUGGCCUUGGGAGCUGCAAGCACAUCCUCGGUAGGUAAUUCCACAGUAACGACAGGAACUGACAAUCUCUCCUCAGCAAGCAGCAUGAGUGUGGUGUUUGCAGGUGCAGUGAUGACUGGCACGCCUACUGGGAAAGACCCAGUAGCAGCACCCCUCGUCUCAACCUUGCAGAGUGAAGGCUACAUGUGUGAACGGGAUGGAAGCCAGAAGGUCUCCCAGCCCAGUGCUGAAACCCAGAAGGGAAAAAAAGAAAGAAGAGAAAAGAAAGAUAGAACUUCCAGUAGGAAAAGUUCCCAUCACCACAGGACAGGUGAAAGUCACCACAGGACGGGAGGGAACAAGUCGACCCAGAAAUCAUCCUCCCACCGGUCCUUAUCCAGCCAUGACAAAAGAGAUGACAAAAAGGAGAAAGGGCAGAGCCAUGUAAGAAAGAGAGGACACCACUCUCACAAGAGUGGCAGCUCUGUGGCAAAGGAGUCAAGGACAGCUCACAAAUCGGGGAAGAUAAAAUCUGCAAACAGUUCAGGUACUGUAAGUAAGAAAUCCAGUAAAAUUGGCUCUUUCUUCAAGAGCUUGAAAGUCAUUUCUGGUUCAAAAGCGGCGGCCACAACACACAAUAGGGAGUUAGACUUCGUGGCUAAGACGGUAGAGAAGCGCAACAUAGAGGCCAAGAUAGAGAAAGCCCAGGAUGGCCAGGAGGAUAUCUGUAGUACCCUGACAUCUGAGACAAUGGAGACAAUAAUCUUUGAAGCCAAAUCCAUUUAAAUAGGAGACCGGACAGGAAGCUGCAGUGGAGACCCAGCCUCGGGGAAACAUCCCUAGAGAGUCAAUUCCAGCUUUCUCUAAUAAAGGAAACCAUGCAACUCCAAAAGAAAUGCUAUCUUGUUUGAAUGUCUAUAUCCCCUAGCCUGGUAGUGACUUCACACUGGCUUCUGUGAUGUGAACUAUGCUGCAGCCUGAGACCCCAGCAUCCAGUCAAACAGAACCUGACCUCCCACCCAUAACCAGCAGAGCCAAACUGAGAGCCAUGCUUUGCCUCAACCCCUUUCUGCCUUUGGUUUCCCCAAGACUAUGGCUACAAGUCACAGACUAUGGGUUGGAAAGCAUCACCACCACUAUGUCCCUAUGCCCUUCUUUCUCCUCCCCGCAGGUACCUGAACAUGGACAUUCAGUCCAGUCCAUAGACUAAAGACAGAACUCUUGUCUCCUUGGGAUAAUUGGGAGGUAAAGGGGGGUAUAGCAGCAUUUUUAGGUAAUCAGAAUGAGAAGUUUAUCAUCUAGAUCAG